CCUGAGGCCAUAUCUUACUCCUAUGAGAGAACUGGGAAAGCUACCAGAUCACCUGAUAGUAUGGAUUACUCCUAUGAGACAGUGGGGAAACCCACCAAAUCACCAGAUGCUGUUAGCUACUGCUAUGAGACAGCUGCAGGAGCCACCAGGUCACCAGAAGCUACAGAUUACUCAUUUGAGACAACUGGGAGAGCCACCAGGUCACCUGAAGCUACUAGCUAUUCCUAUGAAGCAAAUGCACAUUUCACUCUGGCAAAAUCAUUAGUAGAAUCCCGUCAAGAAGUUGACUUAUGCCUUGUGUCCUCUUGCGAAUAUAAACAUCCUAAAACUGAACUUUCACCCUCAUUUAUCAACCCAAACCCCCUUGAGUGGUUUGCAAGUGAAGAACAGUCUCAAGAUCAAGAAAAGCCAUUAAAUCAAUCUGGGGGAACCCAGCCACCUUCUGGGGGAAAACAGCAAGGGCGGCAGUGUGAUGAAACCCCUCCCACAUCAGUGAGCGAGUCUGCCCCAUCCCAGACUGAUUCGGAUGUUCCCCCUGAGACUGAGGAAUGUCCUUCCAUCACUGCAGAUGCUAACAUUGAUUCAGAAGAUGAGUCAGAAACCAUUCCGACAGACAAGACAAUUACUUACAAACACAUUGACCCACUGCCUGUUCCGCUGCAGGAUCGCAGCCCUUCCCCUAGACACCCUGAUGUUUCCAUGGUUGAUCCAGAGGCUCUGCCUGUUGAUCAGAAUUUGGGUAAACCUUUGAAGAAGGACCUCAAAGAAAAGACAAAGACAAAGAAGCAGGGUACUAAGACCAAGUCGUCUUCUCCUGUUAAAAAAAGUGAUGGUAAAUCAAAACAAGUGGCGUCACCAAAGCCAGCUAUAAAAGAAUCUUUAGACAAAAUUUCCAAAACAGCUUCUCCAAAAAGGAAGGAGUCUGUGGAGAAGGCAACCAAAAAUAUGUCUAGUCCAGAAGUAAAGUCUCGAGUGGAAGAGAAAGAUAAGGACACCAAGAAUGCAGCAAAUACGACAACAUCCAAGUCAGCAAAGACUGCAACCACAGGACCUGGGAAUACUAAGGUGGCAAAAUCUACAGCAGUGCCUCCAGGACCUCCAGUGUAUUUGGAUCUGGUGUAUAUUCCCAACCACAGCAAUAGCAAGAAUGUUGACGUUGAGUUUUUCAAGAGGGUGCGGUCAUCCUACUACGUGGUGAGCGGGAACGAUUCUGUAGCCGAGGAGCCAAGUAGGGCUGUUCUGGACUCCCUGCUGGAGGGCAAGGCACAGUGGGAGAGUAACAUGCAGGUGACCUUAAUUCCAACUCAUGACUCAGAAGUGAUGAGGGAAUGGUACCAAGACACCCAUGAGAAACAGCAGGACCUCAACAUAAUGGUUUUGGCAAGCAGCAGCACUGUUGUUAUGCAAGAUGAAUCUUUUCCCGCAUGCAAGAUAGAACUGUAAGAACGAGACCAUGCACCACAAGAUUAAACUUUGUUUCCAGAAAUUCUUCAGUUUGAAAACACCUUUUCUAAAAAUUCAACCCAUCUAUUUCAACUGCUGAACUAUAUACCUGCCAAAUGCUAUACUGUGUCACGGUGAUGCAAGUCACUAAUAUUUUUCAGUCUUUGCUGAUUGCUAAGGGAAAUAACAGUAUUCCCAUAGUAAGGUUCAAAUUACUGCAAAAAUACAGAUCCAGUUUCAUCUCUGCUGAACGUUUGGAAACCAUGCACUAGCAACCCCAACUGACUUCUGCCAGGUAGAGGCAUUUGCCCUCUAAAGAAACACAAAGAGAGAGAAAGAGGAGGAGAAAGAAAGAAAUAAUUAGAUCUGUAUUAGUCUCAAGGCAAUAGAUGUUUCGCUUACUGCAAUCUGCUUAUGCUGUCACAUGAAAAUAAAAUUUUGAAUUUUUAUCAGUCUGAGCUAUCGCAAUGGGGAUCCUUUUUUUACAGAAUUAAUUUAGCUGCAAA